AUGAGUUAAGCUUAGUAGGUUUAGUAGAUAUAAAUCCAUUCCAAAUAAGAUCACUCUAACGUUAACAGCAAUUAAACUACAAAUAAAACUUACCAACAAGAUAAUAAUAAUGUAGUUCGUGUAGAUAUAUAAUCUUAUCAAAAUGCAGAAAAUGAUGGUCUUCUGAAUCAGACAAAUCCUAUACAGACUAUUGUAAUCAAUUAAGAAGAAUAGUAAGCAAGCAAAGAGUUAAAUUCUAUAAAUAUAAAAGAUUAACUACUAAGCCUUUAAGAUGAGGAAGAAAAAAGAAAAGAAAUGCUUAUGCUCCAAAAACCAGGGACUAUCGAUAAGGGCUAUGUAUUGUAUUCAGAUAAAUUGAUGGAGCACAUCAUUUCCGAUUAAGAUAUUCAAAAAGUUUUAAUCGACUAGUUUAAAUUUGAGAGAGAAACAAUUUGGUGCUUUGAGAAUGAAAAAAAUUAGAGUAUAACUGAAUUAGAAUAAUUAAAAAUGCUUUGCAUAACUUGGAAUAUGCAUGGAAGUAUGCCAUAGUUGUGUACAAAUAAACUUUUAAGACCUGAUUAAAUAGAACAUCACAUAAUAGUUAUUUCGAGCUAAGAGUGUUUAAGAUCAAUUCCUAUGAGCAUAUUUUGUGAGAGUAAACAAAAAUGGGAAGCUCACUUAUCAUACGUUUUGGGAAAUAAAUACGAAUUAGUAAAAAGUGUUUCUAUGAAUGCCCUUCAUUUGGGUAUAUUUAUGGUGAAAGAUUUAGUCAAAUAUGUCACUGCUGUUAGUAUUGAUUAAAAAGCAACAGGAGUGAUGAAUUUAUUUGGUAAUAAAGGAGGUGUAGCAAUAAGCAUGGAUAUAGGCGAUAAAAGUUAUCUUUUCAUAAAUUCUCAUUUUUCAUCAGGACAGAAUAAUAAUGAAAGAAGAAAUUAAGAUUAUCAAGUAAUAUCACAAAGUUUGAAUCUGCCCAAGUACUGCCAAAACCCUAAUGAAUCACUUUUCAAACGCUUUCAUUAUAUAUUCUGGAUGGGGGAUUUUAAUUAUAGAAUUGAUGCUAAAAGUAAAGAAGAAGUCGAUGAAUUAAUAAAUACCAAUAAGUAUUUUGAACUCUUAAAGAGAGACUAACUUAUGGCUCAAAAAAAAAUUGGAUAGGUUUUUUCUGAUUUUUAGGAAGGCCUAAUCCUUUUCCCUCCAUCUUAUCGUGUUCUUGAUGAACAGAAUAAAUUUACAGACGGUUCAGACGCAAGAAUCCCAGGAUGGACAGACAGAAUUUUAUUUAAAUAAAAAAAUCCUGACACAAUAAAAUUAUUAAAUUAUGAAUCAGCUUUGGAUGUCUUUGGCUCAGAUCAUAGACCUGUAUUUGCUUAAUUUUUGGUGAAAGGAAAAUUCAUCGAGACAUUUAAACCAAUUUAAGUGAAAGAAAGUGCUGCAUGUAACAUUUUUUGA